AUCAGUUUGUGAAAUAAAGAUGUGGAUUUUCUUUAAUAUUGUGAUAUUGACAGUGUACUGUUUUACAUUCAGUCAUGGUGUGGUUCAAUUUUCCUUAAAUUUUGCUCGGUCAACAAACAAAGUUGUGGUCAUUGAUCAUUAUUAUAUGUUAGAAUAUUCUAUAUAUAGAGAUGGCGAACGUUUGCAGUCUGUAGUAUUAGGUACUGGACUUGGUGGUUAUAUAAAAAGUCGUAAAACUGGUAGUGGUUUUGUCCUUUAUGGCCGAGGUGAUGAAAUAGAAUUUUCGAUUGAAGUGGAUGACUCUAAAUUUUCUCAAUUGAGCAUAAGUAGGAGAAAUAUACAAAAAUCAGUGAGUGAUUGCAUAGAUUUAGCUUCUGAAUCUGAUGUUCAUUGGUACGGUGGAAAUCAGCAACGUUGGCAAUAUUAUCCAAUUCAAAAGUUAGUUCAUAAACACAAUGCAUAUGUCACAAAGGAAGAGUUCAAUCAGGCAAUUGCGGAACGUUAUUGGUUUAAUUCACAAGGAAUAUUUUUUUACGUUAACCUUGAUGCACCGCUUUUUAUCGAUCAAAAUAAUCAACAUCCUGAUUUCAUGUGUUUGGAAGCAAAACGUGCACUGCCAUAUGAUAUAUAUCAUACCAGAUUUGAUUUCACGUAUCACAUAGGUAUAGGAUUAAAUGCGCGUGAUGUGCAUAUGAAAGCAGUAGAAUAUUUUUUGGGAAAGCCUUCUGGUCAUCCAGCUCUAGAAAUGGUACGCGAUCCAAUAUGGAGCACGUGGGCUCGUUAUAAGACGAAUGUAGACGAAGCAACUGUAAGAGUUUUUGCUAACGAAAUUCUCAGUUAUGGUUUUAAUGGACAAUUCGAACUUGAUGAUGACUAUGAAACGUGUUACGGGGCACUCGAAUUUCGACAGUCUAAAUUUCCAAAUAUUAAAAAUUUGACAGAUGAUUUGCAUGCUGUCGGUUUUCGUGUAACCUUAUGGGUUCAUCCUUUUAUUAAUAAGGACUGUAAAAACUGGUUUGAAGAGGCAAAACAAAGCAACUACUUUGUAGCUGAUCAUAGCGGCAAUAUUGAAACACAAUGGUGGAAUAGUGAAAAAUCUCAAGCUGCAUACAUAGAUUUUACAAAAACUGCUGCUGCCGAUUGGUACUACAACAGGCUAAGGAGUUUGCAAAUAAGCGCUGGAAUUGACAGCUUCAAGUUUGAUGCUGGUGAGUCGUCAUGGGUACCAAUCGAUCCUGUUUUGAAUGGAACGGCUAAAGAGCAUCCAUCAAAAAUAACAAGUGCUUAUGUACGAACAGUGUCCAAGUUUGGUUCACUUGUUGAAGUUCGUUCUGGACAAAACACCCAAGAUUUACCAAUAUUUGUACGAAUGAUCGAUAAAGAUACAGAAUGGUCUUUAAACAAUGGAUUGCCAACAUUAAUUACAACUCUGCUUCAGAUGAAUAUGGUUGGAUAUCCAUUUGUUUUACCCGACAUGAUAGGAGGAAAUGGCUAUAACGAUAAUAGACCAGAUGAAGAAAUUUUUGUAAGAUGGCUGCAAGCUAAUGUUUUUAUGCCCAGUUUGCAGUUUUCUUAUGUUCCAUGGGAUUAUUUAAGUGGAAGUGUUGAUGUUGUUGCGCUAUCGAAAAGAUUUGUUGAUUUGCAUGCUGAGUUUACUCCACAUAUUAUGAAUUGCUUUGAAAAAGCAGUGAGUAUUGGAGCUCCAGUGAAUCCACCAAUUUGGUGGAUUGCACCUAAUGAUAAAAUUGCUCAGAGUAUCAGUGAUGAAUUUUUGUUGGGUGAAGACAUUUUAGCUGCUCCAGUAAUUGAGAAAGGUGCAACUAGCCGUGAUAUAUAUUUACCAGCUGGUGAAUGGCUUGACGGAAACACAGGCGAGACAUAUCGUAGUACAGAUGGAAUAUGGUUACGCGAUUAUGCGGCCCCACUUACUGUUUUACCUUAUUUUAUUAGAAAGUAACUACGAUUGCGCGAAGACAAUAUGAAUUUUUUGUUUUAAAAUUAAUUGAACAGAAUGGUUUCAUUGUUCAUUAAAAAUUUAUUAAGCAAAAAGUAGAGGUUUUUGAGUAAAAGUAGAAUAAAAACUUUGUCUUUUAAUAGCAAAAACCAGUCUUGAUUGCUGCUUGUUUCUGUCGAUUUUUUUUACUCUAUUCAACUAAUUUUUUUAUCACGUGUGGAAAAUGAAUUGACAUUUAUGUAUAAAAAAUUGUUUUUCUCUCUUUCUCCCUUUUGAAACAUCUUCCUUCCCCU